CGGAGUACUCCUCAGCAGAAUUAGGGCAUCGCCAGGUGCUAACACUCAGAACGUUAAAUCGCCACUGAACGAUUCUCACAACUCAACCUUUCCGAGUCACCAUGGGGUCUCGAAAGUCUGCUAUGGAGUUAUGGAGAAAGAAGGAAACGGAUUUUUUGAGGAUUUUGCCGAGGCGCAGAUGGUGGGAGUGCCGUGCUUUCCACUCGCCUAAAAGUAAUCCAGAUCAGUUUGUGGCAGUGUUAAGACCAGGCUCUACAAAACAUUCUAGUGUAAAUACAAAUAAUGUUGCUAAGAAACUGGAAAUUUCUCUUCUACAUAGAAGGCAGUAUUGUAGAGAGUGUAUAAUUCGUUCUUGGUCACCUUCACAAGUCAUGAAAAACUAUGGAACGAACCCCAUGAAUCCUUGCAUCAUUAGAUCUAUUUCAUCACAAGCUUCAAAGGAACCAGGAAAAUCUCCUAAUGAGAAUAAAAAAGACAUAUCUAAGGUGGAGGAUCCCUUUGACGCUCCCACAUAUAAUAUUCCAGAGACGCCAGUAACGUUUACCGAGGGGGCUUCCUACAGUCUUAUCAUUCUUGCAGGGCUUGGUAUUGCUGCAGCGGCAGGAUAUGCUGUUUUCAAGGAGCUUAUAUUUGAACCGAAAGAGUAUACGGUCUUUAACAAGGCUCUUAAGAGAAUCCAAGACGAUGCUGAGGUUAGAGUGAGAAUUGGAUACCCUAUCACAGGAUAUGGUCAAGAAAGUAGAAAUCGUGCGGCUCGCCAACGCAUUCCCAACAGGACAUGGACUGAUGAAGAUGGUGUAGAGCAUGUAGAGGUGAACUUCUAUAUUCGUGGGCCUCAUGGAGCUGGGAAAGUGUUCUCAGAGAUGUACAAAGACCAAGCUGACAAGCAAUGGAAAUUCACAUACUUGAUUGUUGAGAUCAAAUCACCUUCCCCAGCACAAUUGAUUUUGGAGUCAUAUUUGCCAGCCUACGCUCCGGCAUGAGUUGCCAGCAAACAAACCCAUAACAGUGAUUCUUCCCGCAAAAUUAACUUGGCGUAGGAACAUAGUCCUGUUAAUAAUUGAUUUUUUUUUUUUUGUCCCCGAGGUUGAGAUAUAAA